AUGAAAGAUGAUUAUUGGCGGAAUGCUUGCUACAUCCUUUCAUGGAUCGACAUGCUGCAGUGUGUUGAUGAACCAGCAAGUUUGCUUGUCUUACACAAAGGCCGAGAGAGGCUCAAGACAUGCUGCUGCCCAGCUCAGCUAUCCCAAUUAAGGCCGCAUCCACAAGACGGCCUGGCAAGGUCGCAAAUUGUCCAAACCGGUCCGCUGGCUCAAGUUCAAUGCAUUCUGAACAACGAUGGCGAAUGGAUGCUUCGAACUUACAUUAACGAUUCUGACAUCGAGCGGAUCAGACUAGAACGAAUUCAAGGAGUCCAGCAUUCAAUCGAGAGUGAGGACAGAAGUGGUACUAGUCUGGCCCAAGUCAUGACGCUGUCGGAUGGUGUGAUCUUGAAGCCAUUUCGAGGAUCCCUUUUAGCCAGCGCCAAUACGAAAAAGCGCUCCAGUGGCGUUCUCAAGGGCAAUGGCCAGCAAGGAGCUGAGAAAGGUACCACCGCCCCUGCGAGAAGAAAGAUUCGCCUCCGUGAUAACAGCACUACUCUGUACGACCCGAACAUAAUGCCAGACUUCAGCGCCGUGAAGAUGGUCAAGCCCGAUAUCACCGCAUUAUUCAAAGGAACAAGUACAACCGGUUGGGACGGAGUGGUUCCGAACGAGGCUGGAAAAUGGCACUUUCACACUUGCGGAGGCAAUGAAUGGACCGACUCGUCAGAAGGCAUUGCCGCGGCAGAGAUGGGUGGUCAGGGCAUCUUUGAGCCUGAUACCAACCAUCCUACUGCCCAGGAUGUUUAUGAUUACAAGAAGUGUUACAAGCGGCAUGGGAAAGGUGUUGCCGAUCGGUCUCAGAAUGUGACGAUUGUUUGGAGACCUGAUAGUUGGCCUCUUGCACAUCAGAGGACGCAAGUGGAAGAUGCGCCAGCAGAAGCUAUUGCUGGAGCGGUGUCUGGUCAGGUUGUUGAUUUUGCUGCUUCAUCGAAUGGAGCUUCUGCCGCGAAUGAGGUUCCGGUCAGUCCACGGUCUGGACCUGCACCCAACGACAAUAAUGCUCGGACCACGCAUCUGGAGAAUGUCGAAGAUUCCAGUGGGCUUAUGCCACCACCAGCAAACCCGUUCGACCCUGCAGGUAACACGUUGCCAGAAAUCUCCAACUAG